AUGCCGCAGCACAAGUUCUCCAUAGACAUGACCUGUGAAAGCUGCUCUAAUGCGGUCACUCGGAUCCUCAACAAGCUGGGAAGAGUUCAGUAUGAGAUCAACUUGCCCAACAAGAAGGUUUGCAUCGAGUCUGAGCACAGCGUGGGCACAUUGCUGGAGACCCUGAGGAAAACAGGAGAGACUGUUACCUAUCUCGGCCUCAGCUAG